AUGGAAUUGUCUAUGCUCUCGCUGCCCGCCUUGUGCGCUGGUCGACCCGACUCGCUCUCUCCCGAAUGCUCACCGGAAGAUCGUCGACAUGCUACCUCACUGACAAGUCCAGAUGUGGACGGCGAUCUGGUAUUGCAACAUGCAACUGCCGCUGGCCUGCCGUCCGUCAUCCUGCCCUACACACCCACUAACACCAAGCACCAGCAGCAAACCAUCACGCAACUUAACUGUCAAAAUGCUCUAGGCUCAUUCACGGUUGUCCUCAAAACUCUAAUAAACCCUCAACCGUCUUGUCACCUCUCACUCGAGCCCCCCAUAACCAGCCAAUCUCGCUCCCCAUCCACGGCCCCUCUUUCCUCUCGGCUCCCGUCCCCAUGA